CGGGCGAGAGAGGAGCGGGGGCGGGGAUAGAACGCCGCCCCGGCCAAUCGCGGCGGAGGCUUGGGAAAGACAGUCAAAAUCCACCUGAAGAUGUCCUCUCCUGAAAUCGCUUCUCUCUCUUGGGGCCGGAUGACUGUCAAAGGCUGUUCUACGACUUACAAGGAUUGUAAAGUCUGGCCUGGGGGCAGUCGGACAUGGGACUGGAGAGAGACGGGAACUGAACAUGUUCCAGGAGUGCAGCCCGCAGAUGUGGAAGAAGUUGUUCGGAAGGGCGCCGAGACAUUAGUGAUCGGCCGUGGCAUGAGCGAAGCCUUGCAGGUGCCGUCAUCCACCGUGGACUACCUUAAGAGCCAUGGGAUCGAUGUGCUGGUCCUGCAGACGGAAAAAGCUGUGAAAGAGUACAACGCUUUGGCCACGAAAGGAGCGAAAGUGGGUGGGGUCUUCCAUUCCACCUGCUAGAGCAAACUUCCCCAACUUGGUGUCCCCCAAAUGAUUUGGGUUCCAGCUCCCACGAGCCCCUGUGAGGCUGCCUGUGGGCACCAGGUUGGCAAAGCCCACCUAGAGAGAUGAAGCCACCUCUCCCUUUCUACCGUCUUGUGCCUUCAUGUGAAUAAAAGAGCACACUUUUGGGUCA